UCCGACUGACUCUCCCGAAGCUUCUUCUGAUUCCCUCCUUAAAUACAUCUUUCCUGUCGAUUAGGAUUGCGUGAAGUUCAUUCAUAUUCCUUCUGUCAGGUGCAGAGAGUUCUCGAACGUUCAUCCUUGUUUUGUUGAGUUUUCUGCGUUACUACGAUAUGUCAUACUCAAGGAGGUCAAGAUACUCUCCCUCACUAUCCCCUUACGACAAGCGUCGUGGAAGGUCUCUGUCAAGGUCUCUCUCUAGAAGCCGCUCCAGGAGUGCCUCGAGCGACGCAGAGAACCCUGGUAACAGUUUAUAUGUGACUGGAUUGUCUCAUCGGGUUACGGAAAGAGAUCUGGAGGAUCAUUUCUCCAAAGAAGGAAAGGUAACUGAUGUUCACCUUGUCCUUGAUCCACGGACUAGAGAACCCCGUGGUUUUGGUUUUAUCUCUAUGGAAACUGUUGGUGAUGCUAACCGCUGCAUCAGGCAUCUUGAUCACUCUGUUCUCCUGGGCCGCGUUAUUACCGUUGAGAAGGCAAAAAGACGUAGAGGACGUACCCCAACUCCAGGAAAGUACUUGGGGCUGAGAGCCGCUCGAGGACGACAUCGGUCUCGUAGCUACUCCCCCCGAAGGUCUAUUAGCUAUUCUCGCAGUCGGAGUCGGAGCUACUCAUCUGAUCGUAGCAGAUCGUAUUCCCCUAGCUAUCGGAGGAGGAGAAGAUCACUGUCCAACUCACCCUACAAUAGGCGUGGCAGAUCUUACUUUUAUUCUAGAUCGCCAUCUCCUGAUGAUCGUUACUACAGAAGACGUGACAGAUCAGAAUCGCCUUACUACAGGAGGCGGUACAGGUCCAGGUCCAGGUCCUACUCUCCUGACUACAGAGCACAAUACUCGCCUUACUACAGAAGGCGGUACAGGUCAAGGUCCAGGUCAUACUCGCCUCACUACAGAGCACGUGACAGAUCAUACUCACCUUACUACAGGGGAAGAGAUCGGUCCUAUUCUCCUUACUACAGAGGGAGAGACAGGUACAGGUACAGGUCGGUGUCGAGAAGCGUAAGCCCUGUGAGGAGAAGCAAGUCACGGAGCGCAUCUCCUAAGAAGGGAAGGAAAGGGAGCAGGAGCAGGUCUCACAGGCGGGACAGCCAAUCUUCAAUGAAUCACUCGAGGAGCGCAAGGUCAAGCACCUCUCGAUCCGUCAGCCCGUGAUAAUAUAGUUCAUCCAAUUCUACUUUUGCUCAAAUUGUUGGCACAGUCACUCACGUCACUUGUGUUGUAAUAAAUAGUUAGGGAAUUCUCUAUUACUUGUGUUUGGGAAUUUGUAAUAAAUAAUUAUGUUAUGAACUAAUGAUGGUUUUGGUGUUAAGAAUUAUUUUCUUUUUCUACAACUCGAAGUCAGUUACCAUUAUUUGCUACCA